AUGAAAGUGGGAGAGAGAAUUCAGGUGAAGGGGGUCGAUGGGGUUGUAAGGUUCAAAGGCCAGACCCAAUUUGCUGAUGGUGAGUGGGUUGGGGUGGAACUGGAUCAGCCAACUGGCAAAAACAAUGGAUCAGUUCAGGGAGUCCAAUAUUUCACUAUAGGUAAACCAGAUGCCAACGAUACCACCAAUCUCUACGGCAUAUUUGUAAGAAGCACCAUCUUGGAAGCCCCAGAUAAUAGCAGGCUGAAGCAAAUUGUGUCCAAACUUCAAGAGAAACUUCAAAGAUAUAAGGCCACUCAAUUGGAUCAUUUGAAAGAAAUAAAUGAUCUGAAAGAGAGGAACAAAGAAUUGCAGAGUGAAUUGGAAGAAGUACAAAUUCAACUAGAGAUGGAUUUUGUGGACAAGGAACUGCUGGAGGAAAAGAAUCGUGAUUUGACUAUUCGAUUGGAGGAGAUAACAGACCAAUUUACUGACCUUCAAAAGGAUAACAAUCUACUCCAAGAAGAGUUACAAUUGAACAAUGACCUAGAAAGUGAGCAAUCAGGACUGGAUGAGGAAACUAACCAUGAUGCUUUGUUGAAAAAGGUCAAGAAAUUUGAACUUGCACUGCUGCAACUUAAGAAAGUCUCUUCUGCUAAUGAGUCGCAGUACAUAAAAAGAAUUGCCCAAUUAGAGGAGAAACUGUCUACACUAUCAUCAAUUGAAAUCAAAUAUGAAGAUGCUUUGGCUGCUCUUAGUGAAUCGCAGGAAAAAGUAAAUGAUCUCAAGAAUAACUUGGAAAGUUUUGACAAUUCAGAAGAAGUCAUCGAGAGACUUAUUCAACAAAAUGUGGAUUUACAAGAGAAAGUCACAACCCUACAAGAAUCUAUUUCUGAACUGGAGCAGUUGGAGAAGUUAGACAAGGAUUUGGAGGAAAACUACCUUCAAAUGGAGAAUGACUUAACGACGGAGAUCUAUAAUUUGAAGACAGAAAAAGAGACACUUGCUGCAAAGCUUUCUCUAUUAGAGAAGGAGAACAAAGCGCUCACCGAGGUGAUUGAAACAAAAAGCACUACCAAAAGUAGGAUCAACGCCAAUAGUAGUGAGGUUUUUGGAAACAGGGAAAAGGACUCCCUUUUGCACACUAUAAGUGAUUUGAAAGCUAAGCUCUACAAGUUAAAUGACGAAUGUGUAGGGCAUAAACUGAGUAGCAUUUUUCAAGAUUUAACCAGACAGGAAUUUGAAUCGAUGAAUCGAGUGAUGAAACUGUUUCUACCUGCUGAUGAAGAUUUCUCUCUGAAUACUUUGAAAUUGGUAUCGACGUUAAUGAAGUAUGCCAGGCUUUUCAGUAUCCUCACUGAGGAGGAGCUAUCUCCAGUUAUUUUGAAUCAUGAUAUUGUAUUUAGCAGACUCACUGUUGAGAACUUUUCGUUGAUUAAGGAGCUGGAGAUUAUGUUCAGGAUCGAUUGUAUAUACUACAGUGUCAACAGCUCUUUCUUACCAGACAUUUCAGCGAAGCAGAUCUCAGACUCCCUUUCACAACUACUUGAGUUGCUGAAGAACUCCGAUAUCAAAGAGUUACAAGCAGUAUUAUUGCAAACAAAAAAAUUGUGGGAACCAUUUUCCGUUAUAAAGAAGGAUAACGAAGAGCAAAAUAUACUGAUCACUCAUCUUCAAACAACUCAUCGACUCUCGCAAGUGUAUUUAAGGAAUGUUCAAAAAGCUAGAAAUAUGAUAGCCCAAAUCAAGUCGGUGAGCUCCAAUUCACAACUAUCCAAAAUCGCCCAGUUCCAUCUUCACACAUCUUUGCAGAUCCUUGAUUCCGUAGAGGAUCGUAUCCUCAGUGUCUAUAAUGAAUUUCUUCCUAACCAUUUUCCUUCCCAGAUAAAAACUAUAAAUGAAGAGAUUGCCACGGACAAAAGUACCACUCAAGCUUUGCAAGGUUUGGUUGAUAAAGUAACCAUUCUAGAUUUGAAGGGGAGCGACAAUUUAGAUGAAAUGGUGAAUUCAUUCCUUGAAUCGUUGAACCUAGAUAAUCUGCGGACACUUGAGAAAUUUGUCCAGGAAUGGAAACCAGUUGAUCUAGGGGUAGAGUUAGAGGCCACUUGGUUGAACCAAGCAAAGCUAGUUCGUGAAUCGUGGAGUCAGUUAUCUGGGAUCUCAGAAUUGAAGGAAUCGUUAUCCCAGCUAACAUCAGAGAUGAAUAAUAAAGAGCAAACAAUUGAAUACCUUGAGCUGAAAGUGGCCCUAUCAGAACAGAAAUUUAAACUUCUCGUUAAACAGCACGAAGAAGAGAUGGAAGAUAUCAAAUCAAGCCAUGAAUUAGAGCUGCAAUCCGAGAAGCUGAACAGAAAUUCUAACUAUCUUGAUUCGGUACCAGAAACUUUUGGUGGGAAAGAGUAUCUUGAACAGACAGCUCAAUUCAAACAAACUCUUGACAAUCUGACAGACUUAUAUUGUUCGGAUGAAGUCCUGGUGUGUCCAGAUAUUAAGAUUCCCAAUUACAAGAUUCCAACAAAAUAUAUGGAAGAGAUCAAGCACAUUGGGUCGCUUCGUGACGAACUCAUGGCAAAUAAGUUUGGAGUUUUGAGAAUUGCAGAUAAUAAAGACUCGUUUGGUUACAAAGUUCGACUUUUGAAGGAGACUUAUGGAGAGAUUUUAGAGAGAUAUGCCCAAUAUUAG